UCGGGUUCAGCCUGCAGGGGGCGAUGUUUCAUACUAAAGACGGUCCUUCACCCGGAAGCCGUUAAAUGGUCAUUCGGCAUCGUGAGGCCAACAUGGCGGUGAAUCUUACAGACCUCUCCCUCCCUCAGUUAGAAGGCCUUAAAACCCAACUAGAUCAGGAGACAGAGUUCUUGACGUCUUCUAUAGGUCAGCUCAAAGUUGUUCAGACCAAGUAUGUGGAAGCAAAAGACAGUUUGAAUGUUCUGAAUAAAAACAACAAAGGAAAAGAAUUGCUUGUUCCACUUACCAGUUCUAUGUAUGUCCCGGGAACAUUAAAUGAUGUGGAGCAUGUCUUAGUUGAUGUUGGGACUGGGUACUAUGUUGAAAAGAAUGUUGAAGACUCAAAGGCAUUCUUCAAACGCAAAAUAGAUUUCCUUACAAAGCAAAUAGAGAAAAUUCAGCCAGCCCUUCAGGAAAAACAUGCUAUGAAGCAAGCUGUGAUUGAAGUAAUGAAUGUGAAGAUCCAGCAACUACAACAGAGCCAACAGUCUUCACAGAUGGUUGGGACCACAAAGGCAUAAAAACAUUUCAUGGGGAGGAAUUUUUAAGUUGACGUGCAGAACAAUAACAUUUGUUUUUGUAGGACAAGAAUGUUCUAAUGAUCUAAUGAAGUUAUAUUAAAUGUGCAAAAAUAUACACUUUUUUUGUUCCUGUCAGAAGUUGGAUGCACAGACCUCCUGGCCACCAAUAAAUAAGUUAAUCAUG